GUCCCCAUCCUAGCACAUUAGUCAACCUAUUGGGAGUACCCUACCACAAUCAAUGCAAUGUUUCACUGUGGCCACCAGAGGUCCCCUGCUGAGUUUACAGAGAGGAUUCUGAAGCAGUUCUGCAUGCUGUCCUGUCCAGUUAUCUCGGUUCAUAUCCAACGUUAAACUGCAACCCAGCAACCUGCUACAUACCUGGGAGACGGAGCUCUUCUACAUCUCUACAGCACAGCCAUGGCCACCACAGAAACAAUGUUUACAGACCGAAGUGACUUUGAUUAUGAUUAUGAGACAUUGCGGACCACGGGGGUUGUCCUAGCUGUAGUCAUGUUUUUCUCCGGCAUUUUAAUAGCCCUCAUUCCAGCUCAUCUGGAAGCCAAAUUCCACCAAAGACAGAGGUGCCUCCUCAAACUGUAUAGAAAACACUUUAUACACUCGAAAGGGAGGAAGGCGAUACAGGAGCCACGGCAGCAAAUACAUACCCAGACACACCAGUUGUAUAGCAAUCCCUGUUAUGGCUAAUAUACUUCUGCCAGCUGGAUGAGCAAUAAACAGGGUUUUCCAAUGCAUCCUUACCUGGUUUCUUUAAGUUUACAAUGUAUUCUGUAGAACGUCUCAAAAUAAGGGGGGGGGGGGAAAUAUCUAUCUACAGAUUGCUCAGAAUUUUGUGAGGGUUAAAAUUUAAAAAAACAAACAAAGAAAAACAAAUACUCCCAACCAGGAGAUUUGAUAUGGUACUUUUAAUCAAAGAAAUGCAACACGUGUUGUAUCUCUUCCUGACAUGUUACUCCUGUAAAACAAUUAACUUAAGAGCAUGAUUGAAUAUUUAUGUACAAAAUCUGCAGCUCGAAACAAAGAAUAGCAUGCGUUGAUCAAUCGUAACAAUUGUCUUUUGCCUUUAUUUUUCUGUAUUUCUGUUGAUAUCUACUCGUUUAGCAUGGCAGAAUAAUGAAAAAAAAACAAAAACAGAAUAGGCCAAAUAUAACAUGCCAAAAGGAAAUAGCUGGUAUCUCGAUAAAAAUAUUCAGUAGCUUAAUGUAUUUUAUUUUGAAAAUGCUUUGAAAAUAUUCAAAUGAAUGAAAUAUGUAUUUGUUUUACUAUUCAUCAGUUAUUUUGUGUUUAAACAUAAUGCAAAGGUAUUACAAAUGAUGUUGCUACCUGUAAAGCUGAACAUUGAGACCACUGUUUCAAAUAAAGGUCUAAUCAACAUGA